AGAUUUCAAAAUGUUCUCAAAAACCCGAAAAGCGACGGAUAAGAUGAGGUUAUUUUUGCAAAACAAGGUCGAUUGCUCAGUGUUUCUUCGGUUCUUGAGCAUGAGCCACAAGAAGAGCUCCAAAAUUCAGGCUAUCUACGACCUUUGUAAGAAGAGUUUAACUCCCGCCAACUCUCCACUUUCUUCUCAAACUAUCAAGAAUCUAUGUACCCUUUUGGAACCUUUGUUCUUCAGAGAGUGUUCUCUCAACAUCUUAAGGGAUGGACUUCUCUUUUUUAGCCAUGGAUUUGGCCUAAUACUUUUUCCGCUGCAUCAAUUUCAAUCAUCCUUCAAUUGUUUGGAGUGGAGUAUGUUGUAUGCUCCAUUCACAGACACGGUUGGCGCGGGGGAUGUUGGGCUUAAAGAAGAGAAUGUUGAUGACGACCGAGGGCAUGGGCUUUUUGGACUGAGCCAAUUGAAUAGGAUAGCUCGAUGGGCUCAACCAAUUACAUAUAUUGACAUAUGUGAAUGUGAAAAUUUUACUAUAUGUAUAUUCUGCUUUCCAACUUCUUCCGUCAUUCCGCUUCACGACCAUCCUGGGAUGACUGUGUUCAGCAAAGUUCUCUAUGGUUCUCUUCAUGUCAAAGCCUAUGACUGGGUUGAACCUCCCUUCAUUCAGGAAAGCAAGGGCUCCCCAUAUUUUUCAGCAAGGUUGGCUAAGUUAGCAGUUGAUAAAGUUCUAACUGCAUCAAGUGCAACGUCAGUUUUGUACCCAAAGGCUGGAGGUAAUAUACAUUGUUUCACUGCGGUUUCGCCUUGUGCUGUGCUUGAUGUUCUUUCACCUCCUUAUAACGAGGAUAAAGGAAGAAGAUGUACAUACUACCACGACUACCCUUAUUCAACUAUUUCUUCAGAUACCAAACUCUAUCUAAACGAUGAAGAAGUAGAAGAUCAUGCCUGGCUUGCAAAAAUCGAGACCCCUGAUGAUCUAUAUAUGCGACCUGGGAUGUAUGUUGGUCCCACUAUUCAAAUUUAGGUGUCAAAUAAUCCGGGAUUAUUGAGGUUCUUCCACGAUCUACCAGGAAAGCUGCUUCUACCCAUAGUUUUACUUACUAGAUUAGCUCUUGAGAGGAACUUGGUUUCAUACAGUGCCCUUUAUGCAGAUUUUACCCCAUAUACUCUUGGCACAGUAUUGAUAUAAUGUAAAAGCUUAACUUAGUUGCAUGUUUUACCUUGGAAACUGGUAAAUAUAGAUGCAAGCAGUUGUUCAUUA